AAACAGACAGACAGACAACAGGAGAGAUAGGACAAGCCAGACAACUCACAUCACCUCUCACCUUCUUUCCUAAUGCAUCUUCUAAUAGGAAUCAUGAUGCGUUUUGCAGCCCUCGUCAUUUUUAUAAAUAUUGUGAGUCUAUCAGAGGCCCAGCAUGAGCCAGGAUAUUGUGUUUUUUAUGAUGAGUGUGGUCGUAACCCGCUGCUAAAUAACACCCUCGUUGAUCCCAUCGUGCCAUGUCUGAAUUACACUCGUGCCCAACUCAUCACAGGAAACCACUACAAGAUACUCAAACAGGUGUGCCCCAUGUUUGACCAGGGGGAGAACAGCACAUACGCUUGUUGCACCAUCAAACAGCUGGCAUCCCUGGAAAAGAGCCUGACCCUGUCCAAGGCUGUUCUCGUCCGCUGCCCUUCCUGUGCUUACAACUUUGCUCACCUGCACUGCAUCAACACCUGCAGUCCUAACCAGAGCCAGACAGUUAAAGUCACAAAGGUGUUGAAUGUCACUGAGCUGAAUAGGACGAGGGAGGCCGUGGUGGGUUACCAGGCAUUCAUCGGCAAGACCUUUGCAGAUACCUCCUUCCAGUCAUGUAAAAAUGUCAGGAUUCCUGCCACGAUUGGAGGCUAUGCCAUUGCCACCAUGUGUGGUCGCUAUGGGGCAAAGCUGUGCACUCCCCAGCGCUGGUACGAUUUCCAAGGGGACUCAAGCAACGGUUUGGCUCCUCUGGACAUCGACUUCAAAAUAAUACAAGAAGGAGACACCACAGGGGUGCCAGAAGGUGUGGUUCCCUACGACGGGGUCGCUCUAAUGUGUAAUGAGACCACACCUACGGGAGGGGACGUUUGCUCCUGCCAGGACUGCCAAGAAUCGUGUCCGAGUGUGCUACCUCCUCCACCGGUCGCUGGCCACUUUACACUGCUGGGCACCGAUGGUUACCUUGUAAUUUCUAUCAUCUUGCUCAUUCUCCUGAUACUUUCCUUUGUCCUAUACCUCUCUGUCUCCUGUUUGGUGGCAUCUCAUAAAAAUAAAAAGAAAGGAAUACACAGAGGUAAAGGCAAAGACAAGGACAGUGAUAAAGUGACUGAGAAGAUCAUCCAUCCCUCAGAGGUGACAUGUGCUGAGACAAACAGCUUGGCUGCUCAGGCUUUCCUGAGCUCACAGUUCCGGAUUUGGGGAACCAUCAUAGCCUCUUAUCCCCUCACUGUGCUCCUCCUGUCGCUUAUUGUUGUGGCUGUUUUCUCUGUUGGCCUCAAAGACAUCAAACUCACCACCGAUCCAGUUGAACUUUGGUCUGCCCCUAACAGCCGGGCUCGCCAAGAGAAAGAAUUCCACGACACGUACUUUGACCCCUUCUACAGGACAAAUCAAGUGAUCUUGACAGCACCAGGCAGAAAAGGCCACAUUUAUGACUCACUGCUGUUUGGACCGCAAAACUUUAGCGGGAUAAUGUCCAAAGAGCUCAUCAUUGAGCUGCUGGAACUCCAGACACGAAUACAGAAUAUUGAGUUUUGGUCGGAUGAUCUGAACCGGACAGCAAGUUUGAAGGAUGUUUGCUUUGCGCCGCUAAAUCCCAACAACCCUUCCCAGACUGACUGUGCAGUCAACAGCUUGCCACAGUACUUCCAGAACAGCCUGGACAACAUUAACGCUAAAGUGUACAUGACUCAGCUGGGAGUGACCAAAGAGGUGGACUGGAGAGACCACCUCAUCUACUGCCUUGGCUCUCCUUUGUCCUUCAAAGACAUCACAGAUUUAGGUAUGAGCUGCAUGGCUGAUUAUGGAGCUCCAGUUUUCCCAUUCCUGGCUGUGGGAGGAUAUGAGAAUGAUGCAUUCAGCAGUGCUGAGGCCUUCAUCCUGACCUUCUCCCUGAACAACUAUGCUCGCAGUGACCCUAAAUUCAAAGUGGCUAUGCAAUGGGAGAAAGAGUUUCUUAAAAUUGUCCAAGAAUACCAGAAAGACCCGAAAAACAGCUUCACUUUUGCAUACAUGGCAGAGAGAUCUCUGGAGGACGAGAUCAAUCGAACAACUGCAGAAGAUAUCCCCAUCUUCAUGAUCAGCUAUGCUGUAAUUUUCGUUUACAUCGCUGUGGCGCUUGGAGAGUACUCUUCAUGGAAACGCUUAUUGGUGGACUCUAAGUUUCUGGUUGGUUUGGGUGGGAUCCUGGUGGUCGCCUGCUCUGUCCUGGCCUCAAUGGGUUUUUAUUCCUGGAUUGGCAUACCUUCCUCACUGGUCAUCCUGCAGGUCGUUCCCUUCCUGGUGCUCGCCGUGGGAGCUGACAACAUCUUCAUCUUUGUUUUGGAGUACCAGAGAGAUGUGCGGAGACCUCACGAGACACGAGAGGAGCAGAUCGGGCGUGUCCUUGGAAACGUGGCUCCCAGCAUGCUCCUGUGCAGUCUUUCUGAGUCCGUCUGCUUCUUCCUAGGGGCCCUGUCCACUAUGCCAGCAGUGAAGUCCUUUGCUCUAUAUGCUGCUUUGGCUGUGCUCAUGGACUUUGUCCUCCAGAUGACAGCUUUUGUUGCGCUGCUGUCCCUGGAUGCCCGGCGCCAAGACAACAACCGCUGUGAACUUCUCUGUUGCAUUAAAGUGUCAAAACAGCGUCCAAAAAAGCCAAAUAAGGGUUUUCUGAUGCCAUUCAUGAAGAAAUACUAUGCCCCUGUUCUACUGCACCGCUACACCAGGAUCAUAGUGAUAGUAGUUUUCAUCUUUAUGUUCUGUGGAGCCUUAUUCCUCAUGAUGAAUGUGAAAGUGGGUUUGGAUCAGGAGCUGGCUAUGCCUCAGGGCUCGUACAUGCUGACCUAUUUCCAGUACCUGAACAAGUACUUUGAAGUUGGCGUCCCUGUUUAUUUUGUAACGAAAAAGGGGUUCAACUUCACCUCUGUGGAUGGCAUGAAUGCAGUCUGCUCCAGCGUGGGUUGUGAUCAGUUCUCGCUGACUCAGAAGAUCCAGUACGCCACAAACUACCCUGAACGAUCCUAUGUGGCUAUCCCUGCGAACUCGUGGGUGGAUGAUUUCAUUGACUGGUUGAACCCCCAAUCCAAAUGUUGUCGUCUGUACACCAGCGGUCCCAAUGCAGGACAUUUCUGUCCUGCAAACGAAUCUGGUUUAAUCUGUACUAAACGGUGUCUGGGACGUCCUGAGAAUGAUACGGUGAGGCCCACUGUGGAAGAGUUCAACCUCUACCUUCCUGACUUUCUGACUAACAGGCCUGACCUGCAGUGCUCCAAAGGCGGUCUAGGAGCGUAUGACAAAGCAGUGGUAAGAGAUGAAAGUGGGGAAAUAAUAGCCUCUCGGUUCAUGGCUUACCACACGCCUCUGACCAACUCCCAGGAGUUCACCGCUGCCCUGAAGAUGGCCAGGGAGCUCGCUGACGAGAUCACCGUAGGCAUGAGGAGCGUGCCAGGCACCUCGCCUGACUUUGAAGUGUUCCCUUACACGAUAACCUACGUAUUUUAUGAGCAGUACCUGACUAUUGUGAAUGAGGGACUCUUUAACAUCUCCUUGUGUCUGCUGCCGACCUUCGUGGUCUGCUGUCUGCUGCUCGGCUUGGAUCUGCGCUCCGGCCUGCUCAAUUUGCUCACCAUUGUCAUGAUUGUUGUGGAUACAGUCGGUGUCAUGACGCUGUGGAGCAUCGACUUUAACGCAGUGGCUCUCAUCAAUCUGGUCACGGCGGUGGGCAUCUCUGUUGAGUUUGUGUCGCAUAUGACGAGAUCGUUUGCACUCAGCAUCAAGCCCACACGUGUGGAAAGAGCAAUCGAGGCUACGGCCAAAAUGGGCAGCGCAGUGUUUGCUGGUGUUGCUAUGACUAACCUGCCAGGCAUCAUUGUGCUGGCGUUUGCCAAAGCGCAGCUCAUCCAGAUUUUCUUCUUCCGGUUAAACCUCGUCAUUACACUCCUGGGGAUGGCUCACGGACUUAUAUUCCUCCCAGUGGUGCUCAGUUAUUUCGGUCCCGGUGUAAAUAAAGCGGUGCUGCUCCAGUUCCAGCAGGAAAAAGAAAAGGACAGGGAAAAGGCGGAGACGAACAGCCACAUGAGACAAGUUUAUGAUAACAUCAGCUACGAAGGCAAUGAAAUAAAACAGGACCCGUAUUCAAACACUGUGGAUGAAAGUGGUUCAAAAACAGUGGGGAAAACUGACAGGUUGUGAGCACAAAACAAAAACAGUUUUGAAGCUAAGGUCGGUAAAUUACUGUAGCAUACAGAGUAACGAUGGACACAGAAAAUGACAUUUUGGCCCCAUGUGGAAAUCAUUAACCUGCUUGUGUAUCUUUGUCCAUAAUGGAAGGUAGGACCUACACAGGUGUGCAAUACUUUUGGAGCAAUGCAACAAUGGACUAAUGCAAUGAGGUUCAGGCUUCCUGAAUCAACAUAUAGGAAGCGUAUUUGAUAGAGGCUUAAACAAAGAAUCACGAGUUAGUUAUUUUGUAUUUUUUUUGUUCAACGCUUCACAGUAGCAGUGACUGAUUCAAAUGAACACACACUCCACAGCUAUUGCAGGAAAAUGUGCAAUCAGUGAUAAAAUAUCAACUACAUUCAUUAUGUGAAUGAAUAAUCCCACUGAAAACAUUAUAGUUUUCCAUGAUUAUAAAUUGAAACUGUAAUGGUUUUACAGAAAUGUAUAUUUUUGUUGUGAUAUGUAUUUAAUAUAUUAUUUCAUCAUACACAAACACUUUUCUUUAUGUCGGUGCUGCUGCCACUGUAUGACUUCCAGGACUCACAAAACUAUCUCAUCUAAAACAUUUCUAAUACAUGUUAGGAUUUUUUUUUAAGUUUUGGCCAAUUUGGGUCCUGAAAUGUGUGUGUUUGUUUUGUUUUUUUCAAAUAGUAAAAAAAGAAUAAAUCAAGGACUCUU